AUGGACAAACUUUUCGACAAGGAGGUUGCGGAUGCCCCAGACCUGCUCACCCAGCUGUGUAGUGAAUACUUCCAAGAAAGCACGGAGGCGGCGCAUGUGUCGAGCAGAUCGGAAUGUUCUUGGCACGAGGAGCAAGCUGCACCCAUCGCGCGGUUGGAUGUGGGAGGCUUACUAAGCACAGUUCCCAUUCCACAGGGACAGCUUAUGACAAUGGCCACAAUGAUGUCAAUGGCUCCCAUUCAGCAAUCAAAAGCAGCUACAACAGUGCAGUUGCAGAGCCUGCUUCAGCCUUCAUCCCUCGCAAUCGGAUCACGCACCUUGCAGCUUUCGCGACACAUUAUGAAGCCACACCGGGCAGUCAUGCCUUCAGUGCAGGGCGCAGACCUCUGUGAACUUCCUGUGGGUGCAGAGCAGAACGAGACGUUGGCGAUCGCCGAAGAGACUGCGGAAGCAGCGCCGGCGUUUGUCCCCCAGCAACACAUGACGUCAACGGAGAGCACUGCAGCGUGGCCGUCGCACGACAUCAACCAGACGGUGCAGCCCAACGACACAUGUAGGUCUACCAGGAGCAAACGGCGGGGUACAGGUCCCACUAUACACGGCAACUUCCGCUCGAAUGACACCACGCUCAUCAUGCACAAUUUGCCCGUGGACUACAGCCAUGGGAAGACGCAAGGGUUGCUGGACGGCCUUGGAUUUCGUGACAGGUAUGAUGUGGUGAUCUGGUUCGCACGGAAGCUAUCGGGGGCACGACAGCUCUCGCAUGCCAUUGUGAACUUUAAGACUCCACGUGACUGUGAAUCCUUCCGUCAGCGCCUCAAAGACUGUUGCAUCAACCCGUCGGGAGAGCCUUGGAGCAACGUGAGCAAGUUUGCGCUAGAUCAAGAGCUGGCCCUAUCCGUGGCCGAGUCAUCCACGAGAGGCUUCCGCGAGCUGUUUCUGAGGUUCUGCGCAUCGGUUCUUGUGAUGUCGCUGGUGCUGCAGUAUACUUACAGUCGCAUUGCGACACAGCAAAAGACCUCUGUGGCCGGCCCUUACUUCGACCGAGAGGCUCUUGAGACGAUGUCUUCGGAAGACUUCCGGAUAGCGCAGAAGGCCGUCAGCCUUGAGAGCUGCAGCGCCACAACCUUGGUGAUCCGGAACCUCCCGGAUCGCAUAACCAACCAGGAAGAUGCCCUGCAGUGGUUGCAGAAAAUCGGUGACUUGAGGGGCUACGACUUCUUUCUUUUCUUCCCAGCGAAGAGCACCACGAAGUCCAACAGCAUGGCUUAUGCCUUUGUGAACUUCUGCGCAACAAGUCGGAUGGAGGCAUGCCUUAAGAGUCUGCAGGGGUACAACGUCCAGGACAGCGAUCCCUUGAAUGUGGUAGUGGCCAAGAAUGUGCAAGGUAUGGAUGCUUGCAUCAGCUACUUCCAGUGCAUCAGUGACCAGGGCCGUCUGUAUCCCAUCAUCCGGAGCUACAAGGAGGCCUCGACCGAAGUGCCGCGCUCUGUAGGCUACCAGUGA